GUCACCAUGCUAUCCACUUGCCUCUUGCCGCAUGCGAUGGAUCCUGACUGAUGGUCCGAAAGAAGGACGUGUCGCAUGAGGGCCGAGGCGGAAUCGAGAGAUGGAUCAGCUGGACAUAGCCAAUCCAGCGAGGCCGAACCGGACUUGGCGGCCGGAGCUGCAGUGGAACCCCGUUGCAGCACCGGAACCACCAACGAGACACCGAAAUGGGCGGAUUGGAAGACAUCAAGACCGCUAUUCAGAGAUUGCAACUACGGAGGCUCCUUCUGUGAACUCCUCACCGUGGAAGCGGUCCAGGAAUAUCUGACUUUCCAUGGCCUGCAGGACACGCAAAAAGCCUUGGUCUCAUCGCAGUGUCCAGCCAUGCUGGGAAAAGCCUUCCUUGGCAUUACAGUGCCAAGCCUGGUGCCAAUGGCUCCGCUCCAUCCAGGAGACGUAACUGUCCAGGCGGAACUUGCCGUUAUGAAAGCACUGCAAGACUUCGAUGAUGGCAAGCGGGAGCCUUUUCUGCAGCAGUGGAAAAGCCUGGUUCCUUCCAACAGUCCUAGCGGGGGCUCUUUGGAAUUGCGAGUGCGAGUGUAUUUCGGAACCUACAAGACACGGAAGGCAUUGCUGGCGAACGAUCCUGACACUCCAUUGUUGGAGCCGGACUUUACGGAUCUCAAGGCCUUUUUGUCUUCAAGACCCUCUGCCAUGGGUAGCGAUCCCUCAUCAAACAGCGCGGAUCCCGAGCCGAACCGUGGACCCAAGGGCCCAAGGGCCAGCCAAGGACACCGAAACAAGCUGAGCUGA